AAAAAAUUAUGAAACCAACCUCAAAGCAGAUUAAUCAUCAAUUUCUUCCUGCUAAUGCUUCUUCUCACUUUCCUGAACUCAAUCGGUCAACUGAACCAAAGAGAUACUUUGUUCAACAUAAACGGAGGAUGCUCUCCACAAAUAGGAUAAGAAAAACAAAUAAAUACGUAAACAGCUUUUAUAAUGACCAUAAAAGUAAAUAAGGGAAGUGAGCUGCUAACCAACAUAAAAAUGCUAAAAGCUGGGUUAAAAUAAGCAUAAAUUCAACCUCAAUGUUCCUAAUUCAAAACUAAAUAUCACAGAAGCCAAUAUGGGAGAAUACCAUUCUCAUUUCCCUAAGAAUCUAAGAGAGAGUCUAAGAAAACCUAGUAUUGGUUUGAACAUCACUUCUCCACAUGAGAUCUCAAAGGCAUCAUUACACCUCCCAAAUACAACUAGGAAAUAAGUCAAUGAUCACAACAGGAAUGCAAAAGCUCAAAGAAAUGUCAAGCCAAAUGGACACUGGUGUUAACCAAAUGUCCCAGUUCAGAAGAAAAAGUGUCAGGACUCGAAGAAAACGCAGGAUUAUUAGAGUACAAUCGGAAAUUCAACCAGCAGAUAAGAGUCAACACAGUGGUGAGAUAUAAGGUCUAUACCUCUCUAGAACGUAGAACUGAGAGUAAGAUGAAAAAGAGUAAGAUCAAAAGAUUUAAGAAUAAUGAGUCAAUGAAGAGCAGACUAAGGAAAAGUCCAUUUAAAAUCAUAAAACGAAGACUCUAUUCUGCAAAAUCCAGAAGAUCAAGAUCUUUAAAAAGAAAGCAAAAAUAUUUUACUUUAGCUUCUACAAAGUAUAAGUGAUACAAAGAUUCAUUAUCAAGAAAUAACAGUGUUGCAAGUCUAAAAUCUGCUAUGGCUCACUCACAAUAUUCUCAAAAAGUUCUCAACUCAAAAUCUCAUAAAAAGCACGAAACAGAGAAACAUGGUGCGGAAAAAUCAACUAUUAAUUUUGUUGAAAAUUCCGACCCAGAGAUGGUCCAAAUACUAGAUAUUCUCAACAAGCAUUCUGUUGGACCGAAAUUGAUCAAAGCUAUGAACAAAUACCUGAAAGCUAAGAAAAUUCUUCAUAGUGAAGAAGAAAGAAUAGAGUUUAUCCAUCAAAUAGCAGAAGCUCAGAUGGAUCAGCUGAUCAAUAUGCAGCGUAGCUCUGCUUAUGAACUCAAAUUUGCAACAGAGCAUAACUUUUCUGAUGAAAUAUGCUUGGCUCUUUCCAAAAUUCAUGAUUUUAAUCAAUUACAAAACUCUCAGGAAUACAUAAAUCAAAGAGAGGCAAUUUCAAAAUAAGGAAAACAAAUUUUAUUCGCUGGCUCAAAAGGCAUUAAAAAUAUUUGAAACUCCAAAGCCAAAGGACAAAGUUACAUUUCUCGACCAAUAUCCUCUCUCACUUGAUUUCUCAAGGAUUCAGAGCAAGGCUUUUGAUCAAAUCAGGCAAGAAUCUGAAGAUAGCCCUCAUACAAAUGUGAGUAAAGUAAAAUCUCUGAAAAAGACAUUCAGAAGGAAAUCUCUGGCAAAUAAAGUAGGAAGUCCUACUGUUACAUGAAAUAUUAACAUCUCAAAUACACACAAAACUAUGGAAAUUAAUGGAGUUUUAUGAAUGAUUCAGAUGAACUUCCUCAAUGGAAAAAUCAAUGUCACUGCCUCCACAACAAUCGGAGAUGAUUCUCAAUGAGUCUAUAAAAUAUCACACAAGCCGUUCCAUUCAAAUUUUACCAACAACGAUAUCAGCACAGAGAUGGAAAGACUCUACUUUGACAUCUGUAAAGGAAAAAUAGUUCUGUCUGCUUAUGACAAUGAAGAGUUUAAAUCCCAACAAGAAGUCGCAAAUAAAUUUAGCAUCUAUGUAAUCAAGCUGAAAGGAAUGCUCACUGUAGAAAAUAAUAUUAAGAAGAAUAAAUAUUGCCGCAUCUCUGUUGAAGAUAUGGGGGAUAGAUACAUUUUCACGCUACUCCCAGAAAGGAAGAUAUCCCAGAGUGUUGAAAUUAAUUCAAUGCAAUCAGGAUUUGCUACUGGAAAAAGCUCUUCUUACUCUUCGAUAGCUUUGAAAAUAAUUGACAAUUUAAAGCAAUGCUCCAUAGAGAAAUUAAAAAUUCUUGAGUACUGAUCUGAAGAUUCUCUUGAGAAUGUUAAUAUGAAGACAUUUCUGGAAAACAAUCUAGUCGCCACAGAUUACUCAAAAUCAGAAGAUCUCUUGAAGACCGCUCAGCUAGGUAUAGUCCCAAAAGAUAUGAAUUUGCUUAAAAAGCUGAAUGAUUCUGACAGAAAUAAUGGUCUGCUAAAAUUAUUUUCAACUGAAAAUACACAGAAUGAAUACAACAAUUUUGAAAUAAUGAUCAGAGAAGAGGCUAUUACCAAGCACCAAAAAGUAAUCGAAAAAGAAAUAGAUAGAAUCAAUGAGAUCCAUGGUAAGAAGAGCAUCCCUGAAAUGAUUCCAGAAGAAAUUGAAGUAGAUUUAAGUGAAUGACCUCAGAAGUUCUUAAGGCUAGAAAAUUUUAAAACUUUGAAUCAAAGUUUAAUCCAAAAUCUUUCAAUCCCAAAUAAAGAGGACACAAAAGAAGGCUACAUGUACACCAGCCGGAUCAUCCAACAAGACUACAAAUCCCGCACCAAAACCCUCCCUUAACACCUAAAUCCCACCUUCAACACUC